AACUAAUAAUCCUUCCCUUCUUCUUCUUCUUCCGAUCUUCGUCGUACGUACUCCUCCGGGCCAGACUAUACCCCCGUUCCCUGGCAUUUUCCUCUAACAUCUCAAGAAGCUCAAGUCGUCGGAAAAUCUUCCUGAUCCGUUUGUGUAUUCCGAUUGAGAGUUGAUUAAACGAGAUGGAAAGCCGAGCUGAGUAGAGAGAAUCAUGUUGUCCAGACUCUCACUGAAGAAGUGUGCCACUAGUGGCUCCGGCAGCGGCGGCUUUUCCAAAUAUAUUUUUCAGAACAACUCCACUCUAACGUCUCCCCGAAGGGGAUUGUUUCUUUAUGACUUCCUAGUCCAAAAUAUUUCUAGUUCUCCAUGUUUUCCUGAAGCUACUUCAUUUUCUCACUUUCACCAUCAUUACACAAGCGCACACCGAGGAGAUUCCUGGCUAGAAAAACCUUUUCCUGAAUCUAAACCUUCUAUGAAGAAAAGCUCAUUAUUAAGUAAUAGAUUGCUGGCUUUGCAGUCACAUGAUAUCUCUUCAAAAUCCAUACAAGUUAGACACAUCAGUAAUCCUUCGAUUGAGCUGAAGACAGAUAAAGAUGGUGUCAGGUUUAAUUUUGGUAGUCCGGCAGUCAAUGGUGGGUCACAAAGAAAAGCAAAGAAGGCAGGCAAGAAGGUUAAAAUGUCCAAAAAAGCAAAACUUAAUGAGCUUAAGUUCUACAGGUUGAAGGCAAAAAAGAAAAUGAAUUCUCCAAACCCAGAAGUUAGGAUAAGAUAUAAACUUGAAAAGGCGAAAAGAAAGGAAGCUUGGCUGAUUGAGAAAUUGAGGAAAUAUGAGGUAUCUAAAGUUCCUGUGGAAGCAUAUGAUCCUGAAAUUUUAACUGAAGAAGAGAGGUUUUACCUGAAGCGUACUGGUGAGAAAAAGAAAAACUAUGUUCCAGUUGGGAGACGAGGUGUAUUUGGAGGUGUUGUUCUUAAUAUGCAUCUCCAUUGGAAGAAGCACGAGACGGUUAAGGUCAUUUGCAAACCUUGCAAGCCUGGACAGGUUCACGAAUAUGCUGCAGAGCUAGCUCGAUUAAGUAAGGGAACUGUUAUUGACAUUAAACCUAACAACAUUAUAAUCUUCUAUCGUGGGAAGAAUUAUGUUCAACCAGUUGUUAUGUCACCUCCAGAUACACUCUCUAAAGCUAAGGCCUUAGAAAAGUAUAGAUAUGAGCAAUCCCUGGAGCACACAAGUCAGUUUAUCGAGAAAUUGGAAAAAGAGCUUGAAGAUUAUCUUGAACACCUUGUUCAUUACAAAAAAGAAAAGGAGAAUAUGCCUCCGAGUACAACUAUUGAUACUUGAUUGUUUGCUGCAAUAUUUUCCUGUAAGAAAACAAAUAUUGCUUGGCCCCCUAAAUUACUUAUCCACGUGAUCCACAUUUAUCUCAAUUUUCUCUUUCUCUGGGAUUAUGUUUUGGAUUUGCUGAUUGGAAAUGAUGACUCAUGUAUUUUUUGUGGUAGAGGUGUCAAUCUUUUUAACUCUUCUUUGCUGCUACAAGUGAUUCUACUUCUACCCGAAACAUCCACUCCCCUAUAAAGUCCCCAUGUCCAAAAAGAUCCCCUGCCUGUCUAGCAUUUCCUUGACUCUUAUAAUGACAGAUUUCCCUAAACAAUUUCCAAUGUUGGGUGAAAAGAUAGCCCAAAGAAGCCAAAUGGUACCAAUUGCUCUAAUAAUUGCAGCAUAAAAAACAAAAAGAAGAAAAGGAAGAGAGAUGAUAGCAAGAGAAGAUUGAGUAGUGUACAAACUGUAGCAUAUAAAUCCCAGUGAAUGGGUCUUCUUGGACCAUUCUGCUGGUUCUUCAUCUACCGCUGAAAUUAUGAUGACUUUGGGGUGCACUGGAAUGAUCUGAAGAAGUUGGUCUUUUACCUUCAUUUUCAUUCGAUUCACAGUGAUGGGAUAUUAUCACCUACCAAGCUUGUUGAGAGAGCCCACCAAAAUGGCUUGAAAGUAAUUGUGUUGACAAAUCAUGAUACAAUGUCUGGUAUACCUGAAGCCCAGGAAGCAGCUUUCAGAUAUGGGAUCAAGAUUGUUCCAGGAGUUGAAGUUAGCGCAGUUUUCUGUCCAAGUGGAGAGAUGGGAUCAGAAGAACCAGUUCGUAUUCUUGCACACUAUAGUGUGUGGGGACCAAUAAGGAUAGACGAAUUAGUGAAGCUGAUACUUGCAUAAGGAAUGGACGUUUCCUAAGUGCAAAGAGCAUGGUUUCAAAAUUAAACAAACUGAAGCUAUCUCUCAAGUGGGAGCAUAUAACCAAGAUUGCAGGCACAGGUGUUGCUCCUGAGAGGCUGCAUGUUGCUCGUGCUUUGGUUGAAGCAGGCCAUGUAGAGAACCUAAAACAGGCCUUUUCAAGAUAUCUUUAUGAUGGUGGAUCUGCUUAUUCCACUUCUGGCACAUCCCUGGGCGCUAAAAUCCCCGGUUGCCGUGAUCAGAAGGCUAACAAAAGCAGGCUUGCAUGGAAUAGACUCUUGCAGAAGUGAUGGAAAACUGGCAGUGCAGCGAUUGUGCUGAUGCAUAUGGUCUUGUGAAGCUUGGAGGAUCAGAUUACCGUGGGAGAGGUGGACAGCAUGAAUCUGAUGUGGGGAGUGUGAGGCUUCCCAUGUCAUCGGUGCAUGAGUUUCUUAAGGUCGCCAUACCAAUUUGGUUCAAAGGCUACUGUAGAUAAUCUUGGAAAAAUGUCAAAGAUCCCAAUGAUGCAAAUUUACAUUUUAUAAUCAUGUUUAGCUGCAAUCACGCAAUGUAUUGACAAUCUGCACGUAAUGUAUUGACAAGUUUAGCCACAAUCACGCAAUGUAUUGACAAAUCUGCACGGAAAUGCGCCCUCUCUCUCUCUCUCAAAAAUCUGGGAGGGAGAAUGUUGAGCUCAAAUUUGGAAUACUAAAACUAAUGUGCUAAUUGCCUUUAUAAUUUGUUUGGAUAGUUUAUGGGUUUUUCU